AUGCAACUCCACAUGCAUCAUUGUGCAUUCUCUCUCCUACAUGUCAAAGUUGCAAUGCAUCCAGGUUAAACAUAUCAUCUUUCUUUCUUUUAAUCGAUUUGACCCGGAGCAAAUUUCCUUAGGCAGCUUCUUACCACGGUACAAGCCCCACGAUGGAGACCGAUGAACAGCAACCCCAAUUUGUCCCUUUCACCAAGGCUGAGCGCAUUGAGCAAUUAGGCGAGAUCGAUCGGAACAUCGUAAGCCUGCUACGCUCCACUGCUCAAGCCAUUCAAACCCUCGGAAGGCAACAAUCCCAGGGAGAGGAUACUAUCAUGACAGGCGACAAAGACCAGCAAUCACAGGUCUUCCAAAGCUCGAUGAAUGACUUCCUCCGUACGCUACGAACCGUUAACGUCGGUAUGAAACGACAGAUAUGGGGUCUUGAAGAGGAGCAUAUCGUAUCGCUGGAAAAUAAGGACGGUCCUAACACUAGGGAUGAGGGCGGCGAGGCCCAGGGAGCUAGUAAUCGCAAUACCCCAAUCAAGCCGGAUGGCGAUGGGAAGAUUGGUGGACUCGAUGUGGGCUGGCUUAACAGCCGAAGCGACGAGGUUGAGAGGGGUAUGGAGACUGAUCUCUGGGCCGAGGCCGAGUCAUUUCUACAACGGAUUCUAGAGCAACGCGAGACCGCCCAAAGCUAAGAACAGAAAGGGAUAUGCGACGAGUUUACUUUAUGGUUGACUGAGAUGUCCCACACGAUAAGGGUUAAAAUAGGACAGCAUUAUUUGGCGGCGUUUAAGGAGUAGGGGUAUACCACAGGGCUUGUCCAUCUUCAGUCUGCCUAUGUAUGUAUUAGGUAGCUGAAUUGUUUUAUUUUUAUUUUUAUUAAAACUGAUAUGAAUUCUAGCUGAUAAGGUCUCCUGGUCGAUGUUCGUUAUUAAAGACGCGAUCCAAUACUUAACUGUAUAGACUUAAUCACAUAUCACGAAUUAAAUACCUGAGAUAUACCUAUGUACUAUUACAUUUGAUAUCAAUUACCUACCUAAGGUAAUCAUAUUGAAAAUACGCCUAUAAGCCUUUAAG